GGCCUAAAGUAUUCCAUCUGGAUACGUCUCCGGGGAGAGACGACACCAAUGAUUUGUUCUCGGCUCCUCGCCCCCUCCCCAGACUGAUGGGCCGUCAGCAAUGACGCGAUAUAAGAGCAAAUUCUGCGCUAACUCGUCUAUGUAUCUUUAAUACGUUCAUCAUACAAAAACAUCACACGGCAAAGGGAUACUGUAUGCUGCUGCAGCACCCAUACUCUCAGAUUGGUUACUUUGAUGGCAUUCGGCGAAUGAAUUUUCAUACUUUCGCCAGUGAGAGUUAAACAAGUGAUGGAGAAGCUUUGGUCAUUGUUCUGCGGCAUGCCAGAUUGCAUCCAUCAGAAUGGAAACCCAUGUGUUGCUGAUUUGGUCUUUGUUACCCACUCUUCCUCCUGUAUCAAUAGUGUGUUGGUCAUAAGUUUUGAUGUUAUUAUUUUGCUCAUGCUUCUAUUCACCUCACUGUCCAAGUCCACAUCAAAACGUAUUAGUACACAUGGUAUUAGUUGGUUGCAGUUGAUAUCGUCCACCUUUAAUGGCUUAUUAGGCUUGAUAUAUUUGUCACUGGGAAUUUGGACUUUACAAGAGGAAGUGAGGAAAACGAAAAGCAUGUUACCUAUACAUUGGUGGUUAAAAUUCUUGUUUCAUGGAACGGCAUGGUUAUUAUUUAGUUUAACUGUGACCCUCCGUGGAAAAUAUUUUUCGGAUGCCUUAGUUAAGCUCUUGACCAUUUUUGCUUUUGUCUUCACUGGAAUUGCUUUCUGUUUCUCUCUUGUGAUUGUUAUUGUUCAUAAAGAAGCACCAUUUAAGAUGGCUUUAGAUGUACUGUCUAUCAUAGGAGCAAGUAUAUUGUUACUACACAUAUACAAGAGCUCUAGAUUUGAAGAUAGUGAUCUCUAUGCUCUGUUAAAUGGUAAUGGCACUGGCAGAAACAAAGUCGAUCAUGUAGGAUCUGUGAGUAAGUUUGCUGGAGCUGGGACAUUGAGUACAAUCACAUUUUGGUGGUUGAAUCCAUUGAUGAAACUGGGCAGGGAAAAAACUAUUGAGGAUAAAGACAUACCCAAAUUGCGUAAGCCGGAUAGGGCAGAAUCAUGUUACUUGAUGUUUAUGGAAGUACUGAAUAAACAGAGAAUGCUGGACCCUUUGGGCCAACCUUCGAUCCUGAGGACAAUAGUCUUGUGCCACCGGAAGGAGCUCUUCGUGUCCGGAUUUUUUGCACUUCUGAAGGUCAUUACUGUUUCUGCUGGUCCAAUGAUUCUCAAUUCCUUCAUUGAGGUUGCUGAAGGAAACACAAGUUUUAAAUUUGAAGGAUAUGCGUUGGCAUUACUGCUUUUCAUUUCAAAGUGCCUCGAAUCUUUGUCACAGAGACAGUGGUACUUCAGAAGCAGACUAAUUGGUUUAAAAGUCAGGUCAUUGCUCACAGCAGCAAUAUAUAAAAAGCAAAUGCGAUUAUCCAAUGCUUCAAAGCUAACCCAUUCUGCUGGUGAGAUUAUGAACUAUGUCACUGUGGAUGCUUAUCGAAUUGGUGAAUUCCCAUUUUGGUUACAUCAAAUAUGGACUACAAGUCUUCAGCUCUGCUUCGCACUUGCAAUUCUCUUUCAGGCUGUUGGGAUUGCGACUUUUGCAUCCUUGCUGGUAAUUAUACUAACAGUUCUCUGUAAUGCUCCGCUUGCAAAAUUGCAACAUAAAUUCCAAUCAAAGCUGAUGGAUGCCCAAGAUGAGAGACUUAUGGCUAUGUCAGAAGCUCUUGUGAAUAUGAAGGUUUUGAAAGUGUAUGCAUGGGGAAGUCACUUCAAAAAUGUCAUUGAGAGUUUGAGGAAAGUAGAAGAGAAGUGGUUAUCAGCCGUUCAAAUGCGCAAAGCAUAUAAUAGCUUUCUAUUUUGGUCCUCACCCGUCUUAGUCUCAACGGCUACUUUUGGAGCUUGCUACUUUCUUGGAGUCCCAUUGCGUGCAAGCAAUGUCUUUACCUUUGUAGCAACUCUUCGUCUUGUUCAAGAUCCUGUAAGAAUGAUUCCAGAUGUUAUUGGUGUAGUGAUUCAAGCAAAAGUUUCUUUUGAAAGAAUCAUCAAAUUUCUUGAGGCUCCAGAGCUCGAGAAUGCUAAUGUGAGGCGGAAGCAUUAUGCUCAGAAUACAGCUAGUUAUGCAGUAUGUUUCAGGUCAGCCAAUAUUUCGUGGGAAGUGAAUCCUUUAAAGCAUACACUUCAAAACAUUACUUUGGAUGUCUUGCCAGGCAAUAAGAUUGCUAUUUGCGGGGAGGUGGGCUCGGGAAAAACUACUCUUCUGGCAACAAUUCUAGGAGAAGUCCCAAGCAUCCAAGGAAUUGUUGAGGUAUAUGGGAAAAUUGCCUAUGUCUCCCAAUCAGCUUGGAUUCAGACAGGAACCAUAAGAGAGAAUAUUCUAUUUGGUUCUGCAUUCGACAGCCGAAAAUACCAGGAAACCUUGGAGAAAUGCUCACUGGUAAAGGAUCUGGAGCAACUUCCUUAUGGCGAUCUGACUGAAAUAGGAGAAAGAGGAGUUAAUCUCAGUGGUGGCCAGAAGCAACGUAUCCAACUUGCUCGUGCUUUAUAUCAAGAUGCUGAUAUCUAUCUUUUGGAUGAUCCUUUCAGUGCUGUUGAUGCACAUACUGCUGCAAGCCUAUUCAAUGACUAUGUCAUGGAAGCUCUCUCACGCAAGACUGUCUUGCUUGUCACUCACCAAGUUGAUUUUCUUCCCGCAUUUGAUAUUGUCCUGGUUUGUUUGUCUAUGCAACUCUUUCUGAAAUUGGAUUUACUAGUGAAUUUUCAAUGAAUAAACAGAGCUUAUCAAUUUAUUUUCUGUACUGGUACAUAUAUUAAUAGCUGAUGUCGGAUGGACAAAUUUUACAAGGAGCCCCCUAUCAUCAGUUAUUGGCUAUGAGUGAAGAAUUUCAGGGCUUGGUUGCAGCACAUAAACAGAUUGCCGGUUCGGAAAAGCUAGCAGAGGCUACUUCUUUACCAAUGAAUGAAAUUUCUACUGGAGAUAUUGGAAAGACACCACUUGAAAACCAGGCUGAGUACUGCACAGGGGAUCAGCUUAUUAAGAAAGAAGAGAGGGAAGUAGGGGACAUUGGACUAAAGCCUUAUUUGCACUAUCUAAGUCAGAACAAGGGCUACUUGUUCUUUUCUUUGGCUGUGUUGUCACACAUUAUAUUUGUGAUCGGACAAGUACUACAAAACUCAUGGAUGGCUGCUAGUGUUGAUAAUUCUAAAGUUACUACUAUAAAGCUUAUUGCAGUGUACUUGCUAAUUGGCGUCAUUUCAAUGAUAUUCUUGCUCACUAGAUCUAUAUCAACAGUCACUCUGGGUUUGCAAUCAUCACAUUCUAUGUUCUCACAACUCUUAACCUCUCUUUUUCGAGCACCCAUGUCAUUUUAUGAUUCCACACCAUUAGGAAGGAUACUCAGCCGGGUAUGUU